UCCUCCUCUCUCUCACUGGCUGACGUUGUGUGGAUGUGUGAAUGACUUUACCGCAUGUGCACGCACGGAAGAGGCGACGAUCAAAGAUUAGAAGCAGGAGGAGGAUUCAGAUGUUAUUUCUUAACUUUAAUGGACCACCGGAAUUUUCUGCUCCCUUUCUGAAUACACGGUUGCGGCGUUCUCGCCCCCCCUCCUCUCCGCUGACAGAGAGACCACUUGUACCGCCGUCACAACUGUGCCAAGAGACAGGGAGUCUUUGAAAGGCACCGAAGCGGACCCGAGCGGCAUAUAAAUCACCGUCCCGGAGUGCGUCUUGUUGCUGGCACAGGCGAUAUAAGGCAUUGUGGCAAAAGCACAGAGUGGAGGGAAAUGAGACUCUCUUUUUUUUUCUUCCCGUAUGAAGAGCUGAGGACAGCAACAGUGAGAGGAGAGCGGAUGUAAAAGCCUGUUAUUCCUCGGGUGCGCACCGGAGAGGAGGCGCAGGACACGCAGUAUCCAUCCAUACGCACUGUGUGAUUAUUUUUUAUUUAUUUAUUUUUCAUUCUUGAAUUGCUUAUGUGACAAGAGAAGGGCAUAUUUGGGAUCAAGAGGCGAUUUUUCCUGAACCUACCGACCCCACUUGUGAAACCAUGAACGUCGGGUUGUUGCUUUUGCUUGUUUGUUCUGCGGCAUUUUUCACCGGGCUGCGCUGCGCCCCGCCAAGGACCACGGCUGACAUGGAUGUCCCCGCCGCGGGCUUCGGCGGCACGGGCGGCGGCAACAGCGGCGAAAUCGGCAUCAAGCGAGACUCGAACCAGACCAUAAUGUCAAGAAACAAAAGGAGAACCCUGGCCGUGGAUUUCGCAGUGCCCUCGCUGCUGCGAUAUUAUCUGGCGGAGUUCAUAAAGAGACCCCUAAACGGAGAUUGUCGGAGUUUGAGCGGCUGCUACACGGUGCGCGCAAACUUAAAAAUGCAUUGCAUUCCUCUGCAGAAAACCAUCGCUACUUUUGUGGAGCCGAGAUACGCAGGAGAGUCGGGAAACAGGUCCGCUGAUGGACAGCUCCCCUUCUUCUACAAGCGGCCGCUGUCCAAAGUUCUGAAUCUGGGCUUAACCAAGGCGAACAGGAAAUCCAACCAAGUGGUGGUGGAAAUAGGAGAAGAUCUGGUCAAAAACGGAUGCGGGGGGCUGGAAGUGUACGAAGAGGAAACAGUGCUCCUGCUUGAGGUGGACCUCAGGGAGAUCCUGGAGUGGUGGCUCGGAGCGGACGGGGGACGGCUCAGGGUUCGACUCAUGCCCGAGAAAAAGGCGCAGGUGCCCGGGAUAGAGGACCGCUACACAGCCGCCAUUCGGGCUGCAGAUCCCCGCCUGCACCUGGAGAUCUCCUCCCGCGGUGAAUCUUUGGACAGUAGGAACCCUGGCGGAAUUCCCAGAGGAUACUGGAACUUUUCCUGGGUAGCCGAGGAUGACCUAAGUUUUCCAAAUGACACCAUGGCCAAGUCAGAUCGGCAAUGUCUUGGCAGGACAUGCAGCCUCCAGCAUGAGGAUGUUCCUGAGUUGACAUGGAGCAUCGUGGCAGCAGGAGACCAGAGGGAUGAACGGAACGGGAAAAGUGAAAAGAACACGGAAAGUCCUCACGGUUGGGAGGAAGGUAAGAAUGAAGGUCAGUUCCUCUGGGUUAACAGUUCAGCGUUUGGAGGUCCCUGGGUGAUGAGCCCCUGGCUAUGGGGGAGUGAAGGGCCAUGCAGCCUGGACAUGGCUGUGUUUUUCCACCCCAAACAAAGCGGACAGUACACGGUUUGGGUCAUAGAACGAGACAAGCCACCUGUCGCUGCCUUCUCCACCGACGCUCUGCCACGCAUCACAGGCUGGGCAGUGGUCCACCUCACCCUUCGGACCAACAGGGGGUCUCCUUUUCGGAUCUCAGCCAGCUACGAUCAACGGAUCCUCCAUGAUGAUACUGCCACAGUUGAACCUCACUUCACCACCAACUGCACCAUGGCGUCCUCACCAGGCCCAAACAUCACCCUGGAGGGACAGUACCACUGCUACAAGGGUCCGGCAAUCCCCCUGGACAAACUCUGUGACUUCAGCACCGACUGCCCGCUCGGAGACGACGAAGGCAACCGCUGCCGAAACUUUCUCAACGGUAGCUACUGCUCUUUUGAAGAGGGCGAUUGCAGCUGGCAGUCAGUUCCUGGUCGAAACCUCUCCUGGAGACGAUCCCCAUCUAAAGGAACCAGGCAGAGCUGCCCCUCAUCAGGGGUAACAUUUACAACAGAGGGGGGCCAUUCCAAAGGUCAGCGGGGCUCAGCGCUGCUGAAGAGCCCUCUCUUUCCCCCUCCUCUAAGAAACUCUCUCUGCACGGUGAGGUUCUGGUUCUGUUCCGGAGGCUCACAGCGGGACUCGUUAUCUCUGUGGAUCGUGGAGAACAGCACAGGGCCAGACGAGCAGCGCAGACUGUGGCACUCAGCCAGCGAGUCCAAAUCCGAGAGAGGCUGGAGGCUCAUCACGCUUCCUCUUUACGGGCUGGCAGACUGGUACUGGCUCCAAUUCAACGCAGAAGAUGGACUUGGUCCCGGUUCAGCCAUGUCUCUCGACAACAUCUCUUUCAGCAUGGACUGCUUCCUGGCAUCAAACGGGGAGUUUCCACCGGUGGCCACCAGCAUAACCCAACUCCCAUUAUUACCUACCAGUAAGACUCCAGUACCUGACAUCAGAAGCCCUCCGGUGAUUGCCACAGAUUAUUCCAAGAAAUGGCUUUUUCACACCUGUGGGGCUGUGGGUCCUGAGGGCCCGACUCCCACUCAGUGCCUCAACUCCUACAGGAGCAGGAACAUCAACGUGACGGUCGGCACCCACGGGCCCCUCAAAGGCAUUCAAAUGUGGAGGGUCCCAGAAACGGGCACCUACAGGAUCACUGCCUGCGGUGCAGCUGGUGGGCGAAGCGUGAUGGCCAUGAUCAGGUCACUUGGUGUGUACAUCACAGCAGACUUCCUUCUCAGGAGGGCCGAGCUGCUUCACAUCCUGGUGGGACAACAAGGAGAGAACGCCUGCCCCAAUUCCAACGGCGCGCUGAAUAAGAUCUGCCUGGAGCACAGCAGCCCCAUGGUGGAAGGAACUCAAGUGAAAGGAGGUGGAGGAGGCGGCGGCGGGGCGACGUAUGUGUUCAAGGUGGACAGAGGAGUGUACAUCCCUCUCAUCGUCGCUGCUGGCGGAGGUGGGCGAGGCUACAGCAGCCAAUCAGAAACCCAGCUGGAGCAGAUGGACUAUGACCCCAGCCAACCAGGACGCAAUGGGAAGUCUCACUCUUCAGGUGGAGGCGGUGGUUGGAAUGACAGCUCUCCUGUCAGCCAGGGUGGUCGGCCGUUGGUUCUGGGAGGCCAGGGGGGGCAGGCCUGUCAUAAGUUCUGGCAGACCCGUGGUGGCUUUGGAGGCGGCGGGGGUGGAUGUACGUCAGGGGGCGGCGGCGGAGGCUACAGAGGAGGAAACACCUCGCUAGAGAACAACCCCACAGCCGACGGGGAUGAUGGUACGUCAUUUCUGGGUCCAGAUGGAGAGCUGUUCCUUCAUCCUCUGAAAGCCAUAGAGGGAGACGGAGAAGUGAUCAUCAGCCCCGUUCAGAACUGCAGCCAUUGUGAAAGCAGCGAAUGCCACGAGAGCCAAGACGGCAUCAUCUGUUACUGCGACCAGGACCUGGUCCUGGCCGCAGACGGCGUGUCCUGUAUCAACGCCUCGGAGGCGACCCGGCUGCCUCCACAGCCGUCUCUCUCCCACCUGGCUCUGGGUCUGUCUGUGGGUACGUCGGCGCUCAUCGCCGCCCUGCUGCUGGCGGUGUCUGGUGUCAUGAUAAUGUACAGGCGAAAACACACAGAGCUGCAGUCCAUUCAGCUGGAGCUGCAGAGUCCGGACUGCAAGCUCAGCAAGCUGCGAGCCUCCACCAUCAUGACCGACUACAACCCCAACUACUGCUUCGGCGGUAAGACGGCGACAGUCAGCGACCUGAAGGAGGUGCCACGGCGCAACAUUUCCCUCACCAGGGGUCUGGGUCACGGUGCGUUCGGGGAGGUGUAUGAAGGUCUGGCUGUGGGGAUACCUGGUGAACCGAGUCCACUGCAGGUGGCUGUAAAGACACUUCCUGAGGUUUGCUCUGAGCAAGAUGAGCUGGACUUUCUCAUGGAGUCUCUAAUCAUCAGUAAGUUCAACCACCAGAACAUUGUGCGUUGUAUUGGAGUGAGUCUGCAGGCCAUGCCCCGGUUCAUCCUGCUGGAGCUGAUGGCUGGAGGAGACCUCAAGACCUUCCUGAGGGAGACUAGACCCCGACUGGACCAGCCGUCCAGUUUGACCAUGGUAGACCUUCUCAACGUGGCCAGAGACAUCGCUAAGGGCUGCCACUACCUGGAGGAGAACCAGUUCAUACACAGGGACAUUGCAGCUCGGAACUGCCUUUUAACCUGCAAAGGGCCGGGUCGAGUGGCCAAGAUCGGAGACUUUGGGAUGGCUAGAGACAUUUACAGGGCGAGUUACUACAGAAAGGGCGGGCGCGCCAUGUUACCAGUGAAAUGGAUGCCGCCUGAAGCCUUCAUGGAGGGCAUCUUCACAUCUAAGACAGACACAUGGUCAUUUGGUGUGCUGCUGUGGGAGAUCUUCUCUCUGGGUUACAUGCCUUAUCCGAGUCGCAGUAACCAGGAAGUGUUGGAGUUUGUUACCAACGGUGGGAGGAUGGACCCGCCUAAAAACUGUCCUGGGCCAGUGUACCGCAUUAUGACCCAGAGCUGGCAGCACCAGCCUGAAGAUCGACCCAACUUCUCUACCAUUCUGGAGAGACUUGACUACUGCUUACAGGACCCUGAUGUGGUGACCAUGGCUCUGCCUGUCGAGUAUGGGCCCGUUCCUGAGGAGGAGGAACAAGUACCCAUGCACCCGGAGGACCCUGCAGUGCCAACAGUUCUGCUGAAUGCCCAGGUGCCUGAUGGGGAGGCUUUGCAGCUGCCCCCAUCCUAUCCCACAGAGGACAGGAGAGGGGAGCAUGUGGUCCUCACCAGCGCAGCAGCGGAGGCCAAAGCACCGUCGCCGGCUCCGUCCCAGCCGUGCAUUCACCAGCCCCACAUGCAGACCUCUGUGACCAACACGGUCACCUCUGCUGCCCCGUCCACUCUCACUGCCAAGGGACCUCACCCCGCAGCCCAGCCGAGCUCGGAGGGAGGGCACAUAAACCUGGCUUUUACCCAGGGUCACCCGCAGGAGAAGGACGGCCACGGUGGGAAAAACACCAGUCUGUGGAAUCCCACGUACGGCUCGUGGUUCCUGCAGCAGCAGAGGAAGCAGCAGCAGCAGCAGCAGCGGCAGGGAGGGGUGGGAGGGCCGGGGGGUAGCGCCGGCAGGGUGCCCGGCGAGGGGCAGGAGCAUGUGGGCCGGACAGUGGCUGAAGUGGCGGGCUCGCUGGGUCUCCAGCACCAGCACAAGCAGUUUCAGCAUCAGCUCCAGCAGCAACACCAGCUGCAGCUGUUGCACCACCAGCAGCAGCAGCAGGGUCUCUGCAGGCCACUGCUGCCUCCCCCGCCUCCUCCUGCUGCCCAGUCACCUCUGCUCUUAGAUUCAACGGCUUUGCCCCCAGCACCCCUGUACCGACUGAGGAGGUUCCCCUGUGGGAACAUUGGGUAUGGCUACCAGGAUCCGGGCCUGCCGCUGGACGCCAACCCCCCUCUGCCCCAGCAAGGCACCUCCAUGGGCUCAGCAGCCCACCAGAGAGGGCCGUCCAUGCCCACUCCGAUGACCCUGGGCCGUGCGGGUAUGUCAGAGGACAACCGGCCGCUGCUUGUUACUAUGGGGACAGUGCAGGACACAAGGCUGCCCAGGAUGGAGGGCCAUAACGCCACUGUGCUUUAGCCCAGAAAGUCUCUUAGUUUUGGUUCUUCAUGUUGAGGCAGAACCUCUCUCUGAAAUGGGUCUUUUACCGGACACGCCCCACCCCAACCCCCCUGGAGACCUGAAGCACAUAAAAAAGCUUUGAGAGGUGGACAAAGAAGAAAAUACAGAGUAAAAGAAUUUUAAGUCUCAAAAAUGUAUUUUUUCAUUGUUAUGAUUAAACCGAGAAAGAAAGUUUGACUUCCUGUAUGUUUGUGGCUAGAAGGACCUGAGGGAGAAAAAUGAUUUUAUUUUACCAGCCGGCUUGAUUGACUCGAGUGCUGUUGGCCCACUGCUACCACUCCACUACAGAACCAGAACCACGGCACGGUACAGAACUUCGACUAUUUUUCAAAAGUCAGACACUGGAUUACCAGACACAUUUAUACUGGGGGAAAAAACUGGAGGAUUUAAAAAAAAAAAAAAAAAAAAGUGUAGAUGUUUUGCUUGCCUGCUUGUUUAUUUAUAAAUUCAUUUAUUUAUUAUUUGGAAGUGGCAGUAUAAAUUAUUGACGAUCGCCUCUUCAAAUCCAACUUUUUUUUUUAUCUGCUUUCAUAUAUUUUUAUCAGUACAGAGCAAAAAACAAUCCCAAAAAAAUGUAACUCAGGUUACAAUUGAACUGUUUGUUGUUUAAGGUGAAUCUAAAAGAUUGAAGGCACAUCUAAAGACCGUUUACUCCGUUAAAUAUUUCUUUUCCCUCUACAUAUAGAAACCAUUAUUAUUGUUGGAUUGAUCUUGUACUUUGAUUUCCAUCUCUAAUUUGUAUAUUUUAUCCCUUUUUUCUAUCCUAGGAUGGCUGUUGUGGAAUAUAAAUGUGUGAAAACUCGGUUUUUUGCUCCCAUCGUUAACGAGUCUGUUCUGUUUGGUUAUUGAGGCGAAUGACUAUUUUUUGAAGCCUUUGCUUUGAUGAUAUUUGGUCAGUCCAUGAGCUGUUACCACACUCUGUAUUUAUAGUUUUCUAUUGGCUAAUCAGUUAUUUUGCUUUGUCUCCUGUGCCUGUGUUGAACCACGUUCACUCCGUGUUCCUCUUUUCACGGCUCACCCGUCGUUUGAUGUAUAAAACCCAAAUGCACAUGUAAAUGUUGUAUAAUUAUAAAGUAUUGUACUAUGGCUCUGGUAAAAGCUGUACAUUGCCCUUCAGAAAAAAAGAAAAACAUCCGCCAAAAUUAAUAAAUUACUAUAUAAUGAUUACAU